AUGCCAAAAAUGAACGAUUAUUCAAUAUUGAGAAAAGCAAAUGACCAUCGAUGGACAGUUCAAGCAAAGCGUACGGCCGUCAAAAUGGCUGCAGAAGUAGGAAAAAAGAUGACAGAAGUAAAAUUAAAAGGUAGUUUGAAGUUAGCGGAAGCCGAAGAAAAACGUUUGAGCGAGUUAAAAAAUACUGUUAAAGCAUUGAAUCGCAUAAAAGUUAAUGUAAAUCGUCAAUCUGAGUUGGUCAUUGGUUUACCAGAAACUAACCACAAUACCGCUCAAUACAAAAUGUUUGAAUCAAUGAAAGUAGAUGAAAUAGAAAAAAAAUUAUUGAAAAACUUAAAUCAGAAACAAGAAAAGUUAAUGGAUAUUAAAAAUCGAGUGAAAGAAAAAACAUUGCGUAUAAAUCAGUUAAGAAAUUCUGUAUUGUUAGAACGACGUAAAUACAAUGAUCACGUUAAAGGACUUCAAAAGGUACACCGGACUCAAGUUAUGCCAACAAAUGGAAGUGGUGAUUGGUCAGCAUCCGUAGACAAAAAAAUCGAUGCCUUGAGAUUAAUUAAUCAUGAAAUGUCUUCAAUAUGUGACUUGGCUAUCGACAAUUUGAAUAUGAUGGAUUCUCUUAAUGAACAACUUAAAAAUGAUGUUCAAGAACAAGCGGCAAUCGUUAUCAAAAUCCUAACAUAUGGCACGUGUGCUCAAAUUGAUGUUUCUGAAUUCAAUCAGAGUUAUAUUAAGGCCAAAAAGACAGAUUUGGAAAUUGCUGAAAAGAUAAAUUCAAAAAAGAAACGUAUAAAUAAAAAAACUGCAAUGCUUGAGUUAAACAGGAACCUGUUGAUAGACGAACAGGAACGAUUAUUAUCGACUGAAAAUGAAGGAAAAUUUCAGCUUACAUACAGCUAUUUGGAUGGGAAUGAAACUAAAGUUAAUACAUCUGACACUGAAUUGGUUACUCAAUUGAUUGAAAAUGGUGAGAUUGACCGAGAAAUGAAUCCACCUGACUCUAUUACAAAUAAAUCAGAGAGUAAUUCUCAGUCUCAUUCACAAUCUCAGUCACUACUUAAUGAUAGUGUAACUAUUAAUUCCGAUGGACUUCCGUUUACUUAUCCAGAUCACAAGGUAAAUGUAUAUCGAUUAGAUGGAGAGAAAUUAUCUAGAGAAAUAGCCGCUGCUGAGUAUGUUUGUGAAGCAUUGGGUUUUGAAAACACAACAGAUGUGUUAGAAUACAUUAAAAAAAUAAAGAAUAUGGAAAUACGCUUAAAAAAUAUGAUUAUACAACGACAACUCUGCACUACUCUUGCAGCAGAAAGAUACGAAUGCAUGACUAAAUUAGAAAUAGAACGGCUUAUGUGUGAACCAGAAUCACAUAAAACUUUGGACAAAAAUUUUGAAUAUUUAAACCAAGCAGGUUUAGACGUACAAAAAAGUCAAGUUCUAGAAAUUCAAACUAAAAUCAAUGAUUACGAAUCUCUUUUCAACGAGCUAUUUUUUUUGUUAGAUCACUUAGGAGCAAAGCUCGAUAGAUGUCAGUUACCAGUAGUAAGGCAGUACCGUUUGAAAAAGAGUAAACAUAUGCGAGACUCUUGCUCUGAAGCUAUGCAAGACAUUCAUGAUCUACUCAAUACUUUAGACAUCCAACGGAUGGCCAGACAAGGUAACGAUUCAUUAAUUUUACAAUGUUCUUCAGAUCAAAAGGUUUCUAAUAUGCACAAGAAAAAACAAAGGAUAGAAGGAGAAAAUGAUAAAAAUCGUUCGGUGGUAACAGCUUGUUGGGAUACAUUAGACAUUUUGAAAACAAAGCUGGAAGCAUGUAUGUCAAUGAUGAGGGAUGCAGAACCAACAGAACGGGAACAGUUAGAGGCUCGCGCUUGGUUCGAGUUUAACACGCAAAAGUAUAUAGGCCAAGAAAUGUUAAAAAAGGGGGUAAGGGCACCUAUACAACUAAAACAGUCGAGCAGUAUGGAUGCAAUUAAUGAUACAGGAAUAAUGACUCGAGAUCAGAUUAAGCAGCAAGCUAAUGAUAUCUACGCAUAUUUUAGUGCGCCUAAAGAUACUGAUGACAUGAAAAGAUCUAGAAAACCAACAUCUUUUAGAAAAGCAUUCGUUAUUGUUUAACGCAUUUUACUAUGAUGUUUUCGUUAACUUUUAAAUUGUUUUAGAAAUUGAAUUCAUUACUAUUAUUAAUUGUUUAUCAUCAAAUUAAACAAGAAAACAUAUUUUAAAAUAUUUUUUUAAAUCUGUUAAA